AUGGGUGAAGCUCUGCUGACAUGCACAGUCUGCGGAGCGUCGAACGUGUUCCCCGGCGCCAACGUGCCGCAGAAGGCGACCAUGACGACGUUUUGCAAAAAGUGCGGUGGCGUGACUCUUCAGCGGGUGGUCGGCUCAAAUGGACAGGGCGGGCGUCCCAGCGACGCCGAGGAUGCGGCGGUGACGCCAGAGCACGGCGGCGGCGCCACCUACCAUCAAGUCUCUGGCCCAGACACGGGCGGACUUCUCUGGAGGCGGCUGCAGGACGCAUUAGCCAACAACGGCGUCACUAUGGCAGAGUUUUUUCGUUGUGGUACAUCCACGCAAACACGACUCAUGUCCGCGGUGGGAUUUAGCGACGCUGAGGUGUCGCGACUUUUGGAGCUUGCGGAUGUCCAUGCCCCAAGCAAGGCACCCGCGAAGUCGGUGGACCCAGCGCAGAAACCCAUCGGCACAACAAGAGCAACAGCAGCUACGGAGGAAACACCAAAGACGGAAACAGUGGCAGGUGAGCAACUGAACAAGCCUGAUGCUAUUGCAGAGGUGAUGCAUAGAACUUCUGCGGAAACCCCCGAGAGUUUCGCACAAGGUGAAGGGGCGUUUGUGCAAACUCCGCAUCAUUCACCACAGACGGAGCCCUCGAUGUUGGGCCUCAAGGUUCAUGACGAUGGCACACUCACUGCCCGUUGCUCUGUAUAUCCCCAUUUGGCCGCGGAAUUCUGGUGCUCCAUUUGUGGAGUGUUGGUUUCGAGCCGUUGCCACGUGUCUGGAAUUCAUAAGGAUCACCCCUUUAUUACCCUUCGACAGGCUGCAGAGGCGCAUGUGCGGGAUCUCGGUACCUGGUCGGAGCGUUGCCGAAGCCAGCUGAAUGUUGCCAAUACCAUUGUUGCCAACCUGCGACACGGGAAGGAACUUUUAAAUGACGCGGCUAAGCGUGAGGAAGCUGCAUUAGACAUGUACUUCGAAGACAUUGUUCGAGGUCUCACCCAAUGGUGUCAAGGGCUCAAAACGAGUAUACAAAUGCAAGUUGAUGCCCAGAUAAAGAAUAUUGAUUUGACAGUACAACGAACAAGCGCACUUGUAGAAUUCUACACUGAGCGACUGAGCAUAUGUGAUCCCUUACUACAGUCUAUCCCACUCACGCAACAGGUGGAUAAGAAGUCAGAGGAGUGGUCCCUGCGUGUGAUGGAUCUCGUAAGCCGUCUCAAGAUGUCAAGCCACGAACCAAUUCCUAUGCCACGGCUUACGAUACCCGAAGUGAAAUCUUUUGCAACCGUGGCAACCUACAUGGAAUUGCUGAAAGCGGUAAGUGUUCCUACGGGUAUUCGGGUGCCAGAUGUUUUGGAUACAGGGUAUCUUAAUUUCCCCAACCCAUCUGAUCUGAGACGCGAGGCAUUCAUGCUUCAGGUUCCCAAGGACGCCAAAGCACGUGGUCUACUUAUCUACAGUGGUCGUACACUGACAAGGUCACAGAAUAUUACACCCACCCACUCCCUUGUUUGUGCUUCGCGAAUAUUCUAUACCGGCAUUACCGCGUGGGAAGUUCACGUUGACCGUAUCGGAGCUGGACCGGGUCGCAUUCUUGCCGGCGUACUUAUGGCAGGAACAGAUGGUGAAGGCGUUGUGUGGGAUGGGCAACGAAUUGUUGGUCCUAACGAGGGGGAGUGUCGUGCGCUUCCGGAGCAGUAUCGACUAAAGACAGGCACAACACUUCGGUUUGUGCUUGAGCUUGAGGCGCCGUCGUAUUUUCUUAUUUGCUACUACGAGGAUCAGGUGGUGGCGCGCGUUCCGCUGCCACCGGCGCUGAAUGGUUGGAUUCCCGCCUUCAGUGUGUUUGGUCCGCAGGAUCAAGUGACCGUGGUGCCGACUUCCUCCUCCAUGGCAGAGCAGCUGGUGGCGGAUGCCAACCCGGAGGAGAACCAAAGCAGGGAGACGGAAAUGCAGGCGCGCCUCAGCGAGCAAGAGCAUAAAAUAAACGCAUUGCAUCAACAGUUGCUUGCUGUGAACUCGCGAAUUGAUCAGGACCAGUACGAGAACCUCUUCCACGCCUCCAAACCCCUGCAGGAGAGGCAAAGGGGUGCGCUUAGCGGCGAUGGUGAUGCCGAACCGUCGCUACAGUUGUCACCUCCUUUUCGUCGCAUGUCGCCGCAGUCACCGGGUAAUGGGUAUCCGCCCGCGAACAGGAAGCCGACAGCAGCGACCGUACAUGGUGGUGCAAAUGCUGCGGCGCCAACGGCGGAAGUGGCAUCUCCGUCGCCCUUGUUGGCGUCGGCCGUGACUUCUGGGCAGCAUGAUCAGCAAAAUGCACGAACAGCGAGCUACAGCCCCGAACUGCGGAAUCUUCUCAAUUUUGUAGAGUCCAUCAAGUAG